AUGGAAAAAUCCUCACCCCAAGCGCAGCAGAGCACUGGUCUCCCAAACGACGAUAUCCAAUCCCUCAACAAAGCUAUUUCGUCUCUAAUCCGUGAAAUCCAACGUCUCUGUCGCACACGAGAUCACUUCCGUCGGCAGAGACAGGCAUCUAUCAAAUCACUCAUUGAAGUCAAGAAACAGAAUGAUUGGAAUAUUGGUAUUGAUAUUGGCAGCCCAAUUGAAGUGGAAGCUGGACAAAAAAUUCUUUCACGGGAAAAGAAACAAGAGGGAGUAGCUGUGGAGAUUAGGGAGAAGCUAGAUGCGUUGCAGGGUAUACUGCUGAGAAUGAGUACGUUGAUGGUUAGGGAACAGAUGAGGAAUGACGGACUUUUUGUGGCUAGUAGUGAGGAAGUGAUGUGGGCAGCAGAGUUGGUUCCUGCACCGUUGAAAUUGAGAGGCCAGUCAACUGCUACGUGCGGUGCUGGGGAUGCCACGAUACGGAAUGGUUUAUUUUCAAAAGACUCGGCUUGGAAGCCAUUGGAGAGGUUGGAGAAAGAUGUCAUGGAGUUGAGACUUUCUGACGGGGAAGGUACAUUUUUGGCUAGUCAGUGA